AGAUGCUUUGUUGUGGAAUGCACCACUCGCUGAGAUUUUAGCCUCUUUGACUUGAAGUCUGUGUUUGCUAAUUGUUCUGUUUUAUGGUCGUGUAUUGCAUUUACUUUCGAUUGUCGUUUUUGAACUGUCUUGAUUAGCUAUUCAAUUGACUAGAUUUUAGGACAGGGGAAUUUUUAUCAGCUGCUUAUCUUUCAUUUUGCUUAUUACAAGCGUGGCGGCUCAUCGUCGACGUUACUCUCAAGCAAAAUCGCUUGGCAACCGCGUUUACGCUCGAGGUGUUAUCUUGGCCCCCGCGAGUCGCACAGGCUAGUUGAAUGAACAGCGGAGCCUGUGGUGACCACAGCGCAGACAGCGGACACAGUAUAUCCGAAGCGUUCGCGCUGCACGUAACAUGCGAAGAAAAAGUGCCACCGCACGACGUGCGUAGGGAAACACAGGAUAGCAGGAACCUAGCGCGCCGCUCUGUACACGCCGCCUACUCCAUCGGCGAUAAGCAAAGACAAUGGGCUCCAGCGACGAAUUGGCGCCCGACCGUGGUCGAUACUCGGUGGCCGAUAAGGCCAGCUAGUGUGUCCAGGAGCCAAAAGCCCUCCAUGCAACGCGACCAGGAGCAGACACGCUUCAGCAGCCGUCGUGCGACGUCGUUCAUCCGAAGCUCUCUCACUGAGUCAGUCCUAUCCUAGACGCUCCGCGGCGCUGACACUUCCGAGCAGGCACUGGUGCGGCGGGCGACCCCGUGAAUCCGGCAGAAGAGACCAGCCAGGCGAAGCUGAGUAGCAGUGGCUUUUGAAAGACUCUCUCGUCGACGCCACUGUCGAGUCCAAGCCGUCCCAUGGUGAUCAAGAGCGGAUAUGUGGACGUGAAGCUGCCACAAAGCGCCCGCAACAGCUCCACUUGGAAGAGCUGGAAGCGGAAAUGGGUCGACCUGACCCAGCUGGAGUCGGCAUCGGGCCAGCCGUGCGACGUGCUGCUCGAGGUGCGCGCCCACCGCAACUCGGGCGUCCAGGCUCGUGGCACGCUAUCGCCCAAGAACGCCCAGGUGUUCCGGUGCGGCUCGAGCUCGCGAGAGUUCGCCUUGGCCGUGCGCGCGGGCCAGCGGCCACCCAUGGUCUACCUGGCCGGCGAGAGCGAGACGCAGAGCCAGGAGUGGAUGGCCGCGUUGCGAGCGCUGCUCUGGCCACCCGUGCCCAUGGUGGAGCUUGAGAACGUUCUGGGCUUCAAGUUCGAAGCCUCGCUCAUCGACGACGCAUGGAGCGGCCGCGCUGGCCUCUUGGGCAGCUACGGGAACCUGUCCAUCAGCGGUCACAAGCUGAUCCUUACGCACCCGCACACGGAACACGUGAUUCAAGAGUGGUACCUCAACACCCUCGUCCGGUUCCAGGUCUCACGGAACAAACACGAGGCGGACCACGGCAAGCUGCUAGCCAUCGAGUGUGGAAGCGAGAGCUCGACGGGGAGAGGCAUUCUCCACUUCUACUGCCCGGAAGCGCUCAACUUUGUCUACACCCUGCGCGGCGUCGUUCAAGGCAUCCUCAAGCGCAUGACCCCCGAACAGUACAGCUGGAAAGAAGUACAUGAGAUGCGUGGCCACACUUCUGCGCGACGCCAAGGCUCCGCUCAGCAGCAUCGCACAGCCGCCAUUGAAGACAGCAACGGCUACAGCGUGCCCAAAACGAACGCCAUCUCCGUGCUGCAGAUGCCCACAUUCAAGGGGCCCCUGCCAUCUCCUGGACUGGACGAAGUGCAGGGAUUCCCCUGCUCCCGCCAGUCCCAUCUGUCUAUCUCCACUUUCGACUCCGGAAUCUCGAUUACGUCCGCUAACGUCGACAGCGAACUUGAGUCGCCCGUGUCCGAGGUGGCGUUCAGCGUCAGCAGCGACACGGACGAGCGCAUCUACGAGAAGCUCGACGACGUGCUGCUGAGAAGGGCAUCGCUGGAGAAAGAGAAAGAGAAAGACAUACCGCCGCCACUGCCUCCCAAAAAUCACAGGCGGCGCAAGUCGGAGCCAGCCAAGACAGCGUCCGUCGAAGAAGCUGCGAGCGUGGUUGAGUCGUCCCCCAACGAACGGACUCUGAGACCGUACUCGAUGCCAGUCGAUAUGGCGCCCUGUCCUAACCAAGGCGGCACGCACGUCUCGCCAUACGGGUCCAUAACGAAGGCCACCGCCGUGAACAGCAAGACGGCGGAUGACACCGCAACGCCUGCUGCUACAGAAGUGCACGAACUUCGGGAUGCGGCCACCCCGUCGUCUCAGCCGACUGAUUGCCUUUCUCCUGAGGAGAAGAGAAAGGAGGACGCAGACACGGUUUCUCGAGAAACGGCGGCUUCGCCAGAAGACGAUUGCGUCUCCACCAGUGAAACUCCACAUGCAAGGAAGGAGACGGCGCGGCCUAGAAGCCACCUGUAUAUCGCAGUCGACUGCAAGAACUGCCAAGUUAGCCUAACCGCAGGAAAUCUCGCCGAACAAUGUCGGCUCAAGGAUAGAAUUCGUUCCCACUCGUUGGUUCCGUGCCCUGAUCAAAUGCUGAGGCAGAUGAGACGACAGCGAGCCUGUAGCUUGCCCAGCUUGUUUGUACGCUGACGUUUGUGCGAUGCAACCACUGCUUUUAACGUUAAGUGCUUAUUUAUCAAUGAUGCACAGCAAAUGUAUGCCGCAUUAGGCCGCCUAUUUUAUAAUAGCCGCCGAGAGAGUAUUUUUAGGUCAUUUCCGCACACGAUCGCGGUAUGUGAAGAUAUCACGUAUGCAAGAAGGAUUAUCGCUCCUUUUAAACGAAGCAAGCUAUGGUCGAGCUUGGUAGUCACCAAUUUGUGUGAAGCGAAAAUAUUGUCUUGUGGUCAAACCGAUAUUUGUCUUGUGCAUGCUGACGUGUGAUAAUACUCUUUCCAUUUCCAGUUUCUCUUAAGCCAUCUGGGUACGUAACUGCGGCUGUACCCCUGACAUCUCAGGCCCGAGCCCUUAUGUGCUCCUUUGCUCCUUAUCGUGAACCUGCACAGUCGCUUCUGGUUCUCUUAGGCAUUUACGAAAAAUGUAUAGAAAUAUACUAUGAUAGUAUGUCUGGACUCGACGGUCACUACGGCCUCAUCAAGAACAACAACACUCGUCGUGUGACGUCUUGCGCCUAUGAAGCGUAGUUUUUUUUUUUAAACACUGAUGGGAUGAAGCCUUCAUUGUUUUUGCGCCAUGUACGGCACACACUGACGGCGACAAGAUGAACACUGACUGGGAACCGAAGAAACGAACUGUGUGUCAGUUUCGCGCUUUUUCGUGUCUUCGGUUCUCAGUCAGUGUUCAUCUUGUCCGCGUCAGUGUGUGCCGUACAUGGCGCACGAACAAUGAAUGUACACCAGCUAGCCCAAUUCAUCGCUCAGUUAAAUGUUGAAGCAUGUCCCUAGUUACAAAGACAGUAAGAAUACCUUUUACUUGAUAUCGCUACUAUAUAUAUAUAUAUAUAUAUAUAUAUUGAACACGAGCUACUUGAAAUGUAAGCAUUGUGAACAUAAAAAUGGCGCAAAUCUGUUUAAUUUUGAAGAUACUACAGCUACUACAACUAACUCUAGUGCCGCAGAUAAGAGACUGCAACAGGCAGGUGUAUAUAGCACAUGACAGUAAGCCCUGGGGAAAAUAAAAAACUCGAGUGCAAUUGCAGGCAGCAAUUGGUAUUACGUAUUCUCGUAGUGGGCUUUGUUCGAUCUUUUCUGUGUUUGUUUAUAAUAUAAACAGUCUCACUGUCGCUGGUUGUAAUCAAAAGAUUUUUCAAACACGCACUCGUUGAUACAUUAAUUGGCGCUACUAUUCAGAUGACAACGAGCCGGAGCAUGUGCCUUGCUCCACGGCGUAGCCUAAGAGAUAGUUUUGACGCGCAGAUGUAGCAUCGUUAGACAAAGUGCCAUUUUGUCUAGGAGCAUUUUCCACAAAUAAAUAGUGAUAUCUGUCUCAAGUACUAAACUACAGGAAAGUUGUUUAACCUCAUUAUAAUGAACACGGUGUAAAGGUAGGACGGCUCUAGCCGUUCUAUAGGGGCUGAAGAAGCAGCUCAUAAAAAUUCACUUCCUGCUUUAGAUGUUGAAAUUCAAGUUGGUGUGAGAAAACAAGAAGUUAUGCGCUCUGAAUACCAAGAGAACAGACUGGUGGGCUAGUUGGUACUUGGGGUUAAGCGCAAGAGAGCAUGCAUAGGGCAGCAGCGCCGUGAUUUCGUUCCCUUUUGUUGUCCUACGUGGUCUCUUGUGCUUAACCUCAAGCCUUGAAUAUAUUGUCAUAGUAGAAAAUAAAGCGCCACCAAUCAGGAAAAUGAAAGCAUAGUAUUACUUCGUAGCAGGGUAACUGUUACCGACAAUGUGCGGUAACAGCACUACGAUCGCUAACAUUACAUUGAGCGUCACUUCUAGGUGAUACGACGGGAUUACCUCAGAUGUAGACCUUGAGAGCUGAGCUUACUACCCGUUUGUCUUGGUCGCUUACAUUUCAGGCUUGCAUAAGCGAACGAUGAAUAUUUUCACGGCUGUUAAUUGCUCGCCGCGUUUCCCAACUCUCUUAAUAUGACAUAUCUGACAAGUCGCGAAAUUUCAGGGUACUUCCUUUUGACCCCUUUGGACACUUGGAUUGACCUGCAUGAGCUAUGAAAAUACGCUCAGCUGUUGUCACCAGUGGUUAGCUCCAACAACAAGAAAAAGAAAACACCGACAGAGUACACAGAAGCGCUACAGAAACACUUUGGGACUUUACCUGAAAAUUAUGUGAAUGAUGCAGCGAGCUCCUUGUGCAUUAGUUGUAGAUCUGAUAAAAUAAUCUGCGUUCAAUAGUUAUUGCUUUCACGCCAUUUGUGAUACUGAAAGCAACAACGAGGAUUCGCAGCGCACUGCACUUGCGACGCGUGCUUGUCGGGAGGCCGAUAUGAUGCGUUGGAAACACGCAGUGUCCGUUGCAGCCGCUAUUGUAAUUUAGUAAUCGUCGGAAAGCGUGAAAGCCUGAUCAUAUUCGUAGGUACCGAACGGUUAUGCAUGUUUUGACAGGAGAAACCUCAACGGACGUGCGUGCAUGACGUCAGCCGCUGGUCGGACUGAUGUCCUCGCUUUCUGUCUAUCGCGAAGUUUCUGUGCCAUUGUGUCGCAUGGUGUGGCGUUUUAACACGCGUGCUUCGCGGCAUUUCCGCCUAUUGUGAGCACCGCUUUAUUACAAGCGGUGAGCGUGCCUCAUGUGUUAUUUGUUUAACACCAGUGUGUCGUCUUGAUUACUUAAUUCACUCAUCGAGUCCACUUUAUCUCUUAGCCUGUAUUUGUAGGUGCAUUCUGUAUCAGCGUGUGUAUGCAAGUGGCGUCACGAUAUAUCGAAAGUUGAACCCACGGCAAUACAUUGAAAGCAAGGAAGUGUACAUAUGUGCCAUUUUCAUUUUGUACCAUAAACAUUCAUUGAUAAUAAAUGCAUCUUCAAGCAAAUGGGCGCAAUGUUUGGAAUUUGGGACCAUUCGCAGUAUGCACCGUUUCUAUUACUUGGACUUGAUGGUUCAUGGAACUAGUUCACGCACAACGCGGAGCAGUUAAUACCACUCUUUGAAUCUGUUCCUUAACGUUCCAUUGUAAUUAUCAAGAACAUACUCAGCUCUGCACGUCACUGUCCUCAAUUGCGGUUGAUAGGCAGUUAUACAUAUCGUCGCACAUAUAAUGCGAUGUUUCAAGUAUUCGCACUCACUAUAGUAGGAGGUGAGCUACUACGGGCGAGAGGCUCGAUACCAUUUACUACCUUCGCAACAGAUGUAAUCACGUUUCCUCAGACAUGAAGGUGCCUGUAGCAAUAGGUAUUUGUUUUUUUUUCUUCUUUCCCUGACGUAAUUAUGUUAAGGAGGUGCUACGGGUACAUGUGCAUUGGAAAGUAUUGGAUUAUAGUAAAUAUCGUAGUUUACGAGAGUUUUAUGAUGACUUUUAUUUCUCCUCGCCUUUAACGGGAAUCCCGCGUCAUUAUUUGUCAAUUUCUUAGAUUUGGUGCUGCUAUAUCUUUACAUUGGCGCAGAUGUUCAUGAUUCAUUUUAGUCACGUAGUUCGAUAAAAAAAUGCUUUCCUUAAUGCUACUUGGUUCAGGUUUGUUGCUUCAAGCUCCGAACCUAAACAUUGUUCAGGUUAUGAAGAAAUCCUGUUGAACGCUUAGCAAUGUAGAGGGCAUUUUUAUUGUGAUAGUUCAGUUCUCACACGCCAACAAAGAAAAAGAAGAGAGAGCUUAAUUCGGUGCUAACAUCUUAAUUGAAGGUGAGGGCUCGAUUGGGACACAAGCUAACAGUGAAAAGGCACUUAACAUCCCAAUGGAGCUUCGCAUGUGAAGCUUUCAUAGUGAGUCAGAUUUAGCCCGACCUCCCUUCCACUUACCCAUUUCCCCAAAUAGGCAUCAAGCCAUUAUUUAGAUGCGUUAUUCUAAUACGAUCUGCUUACUUACGUUGUUCUGCUGCCCCAAUGCUUAUAUCCACAUGGCACUUAUUCCAUGCACAAAGAGCUGUUACGAUUGGCGCUCUACAUACCCAGAGGCGUUCAAGCGGAGACAGUACAUGCCUAUUUCUUUUGCCAUAUCACGGAGUGCAGCUCAAUAAAUGCACGUUCUUAGAUUUUUUCUUCAUAAGACACUUUCAGUUAGGGUAAAAUCGCGUGACAAGACAAUUUCCCAAGUCUGACUCCAUCAAUUUAAAUGAUCGCUGAGGCAUAGGUACAGAAAAGAGCAGAAAGAAAAUGAGGUGUUCAUUGUAAAGUACUGUUUCUUGGAGGAAUGAGAGUCAUUGAACCUAAAAACAAGCUGCUAUUUAAUGCAGGCAAUGGGCAGUCAAAGGCUAGAAGGUCUUUGUUGCUUUAAUUUCUCUGAUACCGCUCCCAGCCUCAGAUAGCGGCCUGUAUGGAAACAGAAAGAAAUAAUUUUUCUACAAAAAAAAAUGAUGCAGC